AGCUGCUGUUUAUUCGGCCAAACAGAAAUGUAUGUCUGUAUACCGUGAAUUACAGUAGUGCAGGGCUGGUACAAUGUAAAUUAUACAUACAUAUACAAUGAUGUAGGGAUGCAAGCGCUACUUUUUAAAAUAAUUUUUUUUUAAUAAACCUGUAAAAGAGAAUUGAUCAUAAAGUUAUGAAUAAAAUCUUUUUACAUUUAUUUGACAUAGAUGGAAUGGCAUAUCCAUGUAAAACUUGAUAACUUUUGGUUUGUUUGACCAAAUGUUAUGACACACUGUGAAACAGCUGAUAUUUAUAUAGCAACUUAAAUUUGUUUUGUACCUUUCUUCUACAAAAAGGAUACAUGUUUUCUCUACUUAAACCCUGAAAAACAUAUUAACUACUUAAAGGUUUGCUGUGUAUAGUUAGAGUCGGUCCAGGAACUGUAUACAAACCUGUUGUCUCUGGGGCCCAAUCAGCACAAAACUAUCUUGCUUUGGUUUGAAGUGACUUAUUUUUAUCUCUAAAAGGGAAGUGAAAAUACUUUGGGGCUUGUUUUAUUGAGAUGGAAGUUUUGAUUGUUUGUGUCCAGAAGUGGGACAUGUACGUGUCAUCAUAACACAUGGGUUUUGGGACGGAGUUCCAGGGGAAGAAGUCCCAUGAGGUGCUACAGCGUAUCCAGGAACACGAGAUCCGGCUCCUGGAGGUGAUGAAGCGAUGCCUCAACAUCCGGGUCAAGUCCGACCGGAACUACGCGGACGCCCUGUCCGGACUCGUCAAGGAGGCCCAGAAGUUCACCUGUCCGGAGUUCCAGCCAAUGUUGGCAGUUUUCCAGGCGUGGGAUGUGGUACUCCAACAGACAGAUAACCUUCUACAACACAUCAAACAAAACGCUCAGAAGAUGGAGAGUGAGACCCUGACCAAGCUAGGGGACCUGAUCAGUCGGAAGAAGGAGGCCAAAAAGUUCUACUCGGAUGAACGGAGUCGUCUAGAGACGGAGUUCAACAAGGUGCAGGAGGAGGUACAGAAAAACAAACAGGAGUACAGUCGCUGUGUGAUGAGGCUGACCACCGACGAGGCCAAGUACAACGAUGUCAAGUCCAAAGCUGUCAAGUCCGCUAAGAUUGAGGAAGCCAAGGUAAAGUACCAGAAGUCUGCGGGGCGCCUCCACCGUAUCCAUAACGACUAUGUGAUGUCACUACGUGAGGUCAGUUCCUGUCAGGAGGGCUACCUCACGCGGACCUUGCCGAGCUUCCUCAACUACCACCAGACCUCGCAAGAAAUCCUCGUGCAACAGUGUAAAGAAAUUCUCCUCCAGUACCAGGAAUUGACAGAUUAUUCCGAUGAGACUUGUCAAGCAAUAUACCGAGGGACGAGAGAGGCCAUUGAAAAAAUCAACCCCGAAAAGGAAUAUGACAAUGAAGAGUUUGUUAACGCAUUCAGCUCGGAGAAGAUUGAACCAAUCGGCUUUGAGUUUGGUAACACGUUGCUGGCCGACUACCAGGGGAUUCUGGAGAGCAACAAACUGUCCCUGAACGAUCUCACCACGACAGACAUACAGACCAGGAAGAAAGAGCUAGAGGAGGAGAAGAAUCGCCUGGAACUACUGCUGAGGAACCGCAGCGACUCGCUGCACCAUGUGGAGGAGGAGCUUAAGUUGAUUGGCAGCCAGCAAUGGCAGUCACCCGAGUAUCACCAGAAGAGACAAGAGCUGGAGAAGCUACGCUGUGAUUUGGCGGACACCGAGGCGAAGCUCGCCACACAGGAAGUCCUGCUGAACGAGGUCAGUGAGCUGAUCGAGACCACGGGAGAAAACAUUCCGUCAGCGCUCGAGUUCUCAGCUGACAUUUCUAUUGACGACACAGGGUCUUCUCCUAGCAUGUUUGGUUCCAGAGGUUUCAAGGGAAUUAAAAACACGCUCACACAAACUCUUCGGGAAGCCAUCCAUCGGAAAUCAGCACCAGAAAACGAUGAAAAUCCGCGAGACAGUUACGAGGAACAGGAUAACAAAGAGAACAACAAGAGUAACGGGCCUCAGUCGCCCACCUCGCCGGAUUACUCGGUAAUAUACGAUAGGGACACACCUCACCAAACAAAACACCAGCUGGCUAAAAAUAACACCUCGAGCUCGGGACAUGACAUUCCCGUCGAGGAGCAGGACUGGUUUCACGGCGUACUUCCGAGGGAGGAAGUCCAGCGACUGCUGACCCGCGAUGGAGACUUCCUGGUCCGUGAGAGCAAGAAUCGCAAAACCAACGAACCGCAGUACGUGUUGUCUGCCUUCUGGGAGGGUCACCGCCAUUUCAUUAUACAGUACGCUGAUAAUGGUUGGCGAUUUGAGGGGCGAUCCUUCCCCACAAUAUCAGAGUUAGUGAACCAUCAGCAUUCAUCUGGUGAGCCGGUGACCACAAAGUCACAGACCAUUCUGAAGAACGCCAUCCUCCGCGAACAGUGGCAGCUCAGGAACGAUGACAUUGCCCUGGAGAUGAAGAUCGGAAACGGUAACUUUGGCGAGGUGUACCGCGGUAAGUACAAGCCGAAGGGAAUGGUGGUGGCGGUGAAGACGUGUAGGGAUACGCUUUCCGAGGACCAGAGAAAGAAGUUCCUACAGGAGGGGCGCAUCCUGAAGCAGUACGAUCACCCCAACAUCGUCAAGUUCAUUGGGAUCGCCGCACAACGGCAGCCUGUGAUGAUUGUCAUGGAAUACGUUGAGGGUGGUGCCCUGCUGAACUAUCUAAGGAAGCAGGGAAAAACCCUGUCUAAGAAACAGCUGACCAAGAUGUGUGAGGACGCCGCCAGUGGGAUGGCUUACCUGGAGAGCAAGAACUGUAUCCACAGAGACUUGGCCGCCAGGAACUGUCUGGUCGGGGACAAGUCGGUGGUGAAGAUCUCGGACUUUGGGAUGUCCCGUGAGGAGGAAGAAUACACGGUGUCCGACGGACUCAAACAGAUCCCCAUCAAAUGGACAGCCCCCGAGGCUCUGCUGUAUGGGAAGUACACCUCGCUGUGUGACGUGUGGAGUUUUGGGAUUCUGAUGUGGGAGAUAUUUUCCAGUGGAGUCACACCAUACUCUGGAAUGACCAACAACCAAGCCAGGGAGCAGAUAGACAGAGGUUUUAGAAUGCCUGCCCCGGAGGGAACCCCUGAAGCAUGUUAUGACCUGAUGAUGAAAUGCUGGGAAUACAACCCAAGCGAGCGUUAUCACUUUGACAGAAUCCAGAAAGAACUCCAUUCAAUAUACAAGUCAUUAUGAUAGGUCCAGCUUUUUGAUUCCCAUCAUGCAAUAGACAUUUACCACGAUAUAUAUACAUAGGAUAUUCAUGAUUACCCAUAAUUCUUUGUGAAUUCCUAUAAAUAGUGCUUCUGACGUUGGUGCCCAUGAUGUGUGUAAAAUGGAAACUCCCGUGAUUCUUUGGGGCGAAUACCCACAAUGCAUUGGACCGCUGCAUUACACUGAUACUGAGUUUGCUGUGUGAUAUGACUGUGAAAGUGAAAGUGGCUAUCACAUCUAAUACUGCUGAACUUUAUGUAACAAAGUUAACAGCUGCCUUAUUUGUGAUUUGCCUUGAAUGCUAUGGGACAAUCAGAGGUCAUCAGAAAAAGGGUGAAAAGUUCAAAGGUCAAGGACAGAUGUGCUGAAGGUCAUGUAAAGAAGAAAACAUGGCUUCAGGAUGUACUUUGUGAAAAGUUUGUUGUAGCCAUUGCUAAUAAUUAGUUCAAAAAGUCAUUGCUUAUGUCAACCAAGUUACCAAGACUUUUGACCGUACAAGCAAGCAAUUUGAAAAUUUUAGCAAUUUUGUUUAACAGAAUAUGCAUAAUGUGUAGUGUAGUAGAAAUUAACCGAGAUGUUAUGACAUGUUUAAAGUAAGUUUUAAUAACUUUUGACAAUAUUUUGCUUUUUAUGAUAUUUUUUUACAAUCAUUAUUCAACUUGUUUAAAAUUUAGAAAAAUAUUUAAUUAUGCAGAUAUUGUAGACUUCAUCAUUUUUAAACUUCCGACAAGGCAGUCAUGUGCAUAAAUUGUGUGUUGCAAAAUCAAAAUACAUCCAGAGAAUGAAAUGGAGCCAUAUAUAUAUUCAUGUAUGAUAUGUAUGAACAUUUCUUUAUCAUGUUUGUAACACUAUAUAUGUGCAAAAGUAUCAGUUCUUCCAAAUCAUGUCAUUAGGGUGUAUUGGAUUUUUGGUGUGUUUUUUCUAAAUUGCCCAAAGGAUUUGGUCGGUUGAAAUGAAUUUCCAGUAGGUCUUUUAUACUGGUAUUUGAUAGAAUGGAUAUCUUUACACAAUAAUGCUUUUUCUAGACAUAAGAAUAUCCAAUGGAAAAGGGUCAAUAAAAUAUUACCGGUAAUUCAUAGUCUAAUCUACUGUAAAAGUUGUGAUUUACGCGUGGGGGAAAUUUACAGUGGUUAUGCGGUAAGAUAAAAUGCGCGUAAAAUACCCAAACACGUAUGGUAAAAUAUUAAACAAUUCAAAGUGGUAGAUCACUUAUCCACGUAUUUAAUAUCCAAGCGUAUUGUUUGACCAUAGAAAGUACGUACUUAACCACCAGUGUAAAUUACCAAUUUUUACAGUAUCAGUUAUUGUAACCAAUUUUUAUUUGCGACGAUUAUACAUGUAAAACAAUGUUGUAAUGAUAUACAAUGAUUACAUUGGUUACAUUUUUAUUGUAACAUAAACUGGUUGUAUGAUCUUAUAUCAUAUUCAUUUUUAUGAUUAUUGCGCAAUAUUAGUUUAAUCUUCAAUCUUCACCCCAACUAAAGUUUUGAAACCACGAUCAAAAUCUCUGAUCGAAACUGAGGGUGGAUUCUUUAUGUUAAAAUAAAUUAAUUCAUAGAAACUAUGUUGAAAUGAACAAAGUGUCGAAUUAAAAUAUUUUGACACCUGAAAAUACUCAUGUGUGAAAUAAUGCACCAUUUUAAUGUUUACCCCGUGUGAACAGUUUCCAUUGUCAGUUUUAUUUUAACUAAUAAUUAAUGAAAGAUAAAAAAAAAUUGACAUAUAAAUUAAUUGUGUAGUGUACAAUAUCCACCUCACGUAGAACAUUGAAUAUCUUUUCAUUAAGCCUGCUUGAUUAGGUUACCUCCUUACACUUAUUUCCAAUGGUUUGUGGUUUGUAUUUUCACUUCAUAACCAGACUUAUUUUCUGUGGCACAGAGUUGUGAGUACAUUAAUGACAGACAAGAAUUAUAAACAAUGAAAACCUAAGCCUAUGUACAUGCAUCACAAUUUUUUUUCUUCAACAAUGAACAUUUGUAAAUAAAAAGAAAUACACUGCUGGCACAUGUAGAGCAAUGUUUGUUUAGGGUUAGAACAGUUAAGUUUCAUUAAGUUUAUGUAUUGAGAAAAAAAAAUGUUUUUCAAUAUUACUGAUAUUUAUAUAUAUAUAAAUGGAAUGCUAUGUUAAGUGAGACUUUUAUGCUAUAGUGUUCUUACACAGUUAUCUUUCCUUUAUCCCUCUAUACGUUUUCAACUGUUGUUUACAAUCUAUGCAUCAUGUGAACAUGUCACUCUAUUCUGUGUUAUUUAUUACAUAUUAUAUAUCGUAUGUUAUUUCUAUUAUAUACAUUCGUGUUUUUUUUCUGUCAAAACUCCGUUUGCUAGACAAAUCAUACAUUUCCUGAUGCCUUUGUUGUUUUUUAAUCAUAGUGUUCCGCCAUUAACACAAUUCCAUAAAGUUUUGUUGAACACUUGAUUUUCAUGUGAAUGUUUUGUCUAUAGCACAUUUUUUCAGCUAGAUAUGUCGUCUUUAAACCUGAAUUGUUGAUUUUAUAUUAAUAAACGCACGACAAUCUUUGUCAAAAACAUGUUUAACACAAGUUGAAAUUCACAUGUUGUCUAGCACAUGUUGCCUAGCACAAGUUGCUUUGCACAAAUUGCAUCGCACAUUUUGUAUAGCACAUGUUGUCUUGCACAAAUUGCAUCGCACAUGUUGCCUAGCACAUGUUGCCUAGCACAAGUUGCAAUGCACAAAUUGCAUCGCACAUGUUGUCUAGCACAGGUUGUCUAGCACAAGUUGCAUUGCACAUGUUGUCUAGCACAUGUGGGUCUUCUAAUUUGAUGAGGAGUUGUAGGGUUUUGUACUAUUUGAUCAUUUACUUGUAUUUGUUUAUGUACAUUAAAACGUGUGUCUGUAUCUGUGUUCACUCCUUCGAUAUCAGAUGAACCAUUUUACAGAUUUAAACAAUGUUAAGAGGG